UCCAGUAAGUAGUGAUGAUGUUGUGGUUAUCCAUGCCGCCGACACCUCUCUGAGUGUUAUCUUGCUCAGAAGACCGUCGGGGAGAGCCGUCCACGCAUGGAGUUGAGCUCGGACUCUGCGGUGGCAGCACUGGACAUGUCGCAGGUCAAAAGCAAAGACGAUGAGUCUUUCGGGGUGGACGGUGACUACGAGAGCUUGCCACCUCAUGUCUCAGUGGCGACCCACAUGACAGCAGGAGCCGUGGCUGGCAUACUGGAGCACACGGUGAUGUACCCCGUGGACUCUGUCAAGACGAGGAUGCAGAGCCUGCAGCCAGACCCAAAUGCACAGUACAGGAGUGUCUACCAGGCUCUGAAGAGGAUCAUCCAGACAGAGGGGGUCUUCAGGCCGCUGAGGGGCCUCAACAUCACCAUGAUGGGAGCGGGACCUGCACAUGCGCUCUACUUCGCCUGCUACGAACGCGUCAAACGCUCACUCAGUGACGUCAUUCAGAGUGGAGGCAACAGCCAUUUAGCCAAUGGUAUUGCAGGUAGUGUGGCCACCGUUCUCCACGAUGCAGUCAUGAACCCAGCUGAAGUGAUUAAGCAGAGGAUGCAAAUGUACAACUCGCCAUAUCGAGGACUUUGGGACUGUCUCCAAACAGUAAGGCGCACUGAGGGUGUGAGAGCCUUCUACCGCAGCUACAGCACUCAGCUGACCAUGAACAUCCCAUUCCAGGCUGUUCACUUCAUCACUUACGAGCUGAUGCAGGAACAGUUAAACCCCCAAAGACAUUACCACCCUGGCACCCACAUAGUGUCUGGAGCAGCAGCAGGCGCCGUUUCCGCAGCAAUAACCACUCCACUUGAUGUUUGUAAAACUCUCCUCAACACACAGGAGAACGUAGCGCUAAACUCCAUGAACAUCAGCGGCCACUUAUCGGGAAUGGCUAAUGCCUUCAGGACAGUGUACCGGCUCGGUGGUCUGGCAGCCUUCUUCAAAGGGGCCCAAGCUCGGGUUAUAUACCAGAUGCCCUCCACUGCCAUUGCCUGGUCAGUGUACGAGUUCUUCAAGUACUUCCUGACGAAGCAGCAACCGAAACAGGCGGCAAGACCUGGACCAAUGUAAUGGAAAUGUGUCGGAGCAACCACACCUAGACUGGAACCGAUGAAAGAAGACUCCAGCCUGAAGCUGUGCGAGCUCACUGUGUGCUGUUUGAGGAAAUAACAGCACUUAUUGUCUCACAGGGAAGUCGUCAUGGUCAAGGAGUGGCAGAGGAGGACUGCCCAUUGUUGUUCACUUAACAUAAUCUGUGUGCAUUCUCAAGUCAAGAUGAUGUUACACAACCAGGAUAUGCAGCAGAGAUAACUAUCCUUGGAAGGACAGAUACACAAUGACGUCAUCUUCCUCCUCCUCCUCCUCCUCUCCGCCACGUUGCAGACUGUCUUUUCUACAUGCGGAGGCCAUAUAAUUAAGAUGUCCUCAAUGAUGUUUAUAGUUCUCGAUAUUGGAACUUUUUUAUUUAUUUGGUUAGCUUUCAGAGGCCUGUAUUUUACGGAUGUGGAAGAAACACAAUGCUGUUUGUUUUAUUUCAUUGUGUAUUUAUUAAAAAAAAAUAACAACAUUACAACACAUUCCUCAUUUUCACUCCACAGUGAACGGAACAGUGACGCUUUCCAAGUGCCUCAUAAAUAUAAAACUAUUUUCCUGGGUUCAAGCUCUAGCAAGGAAACAUACUAUUCUGUUAUGAGAUCCAAUCUUACAGCACUCUUUAUGUCAUAACUGGUCAAAUCUGAACGAGCGUAACUGAAUGCUGUUUUUUAAUUAUUAUCUCUGCAUCUAAUGGUCAGAUGUCAGUCUGCAGCAAACCUAUUUUUGUCUCACUUUUUUUUUUUACUUUAGUGCAAAAUACUAUUUCCUCCCUGAGACUAUUUCUCUCUGUCAGUACCAAGUUGUGUUCUAGUUAUUUGCCUUGUUAAAGCAAACACUGCUCCUGCAUCACGCACAAUAAUAGUCUCACUUAAAGAAUCAUACCUGUUGCAGAAAGAGGGCAGCUUUUGUAUUCAAAGGCAUGAAUAUAUAUUUUGAGGGUGACUAUUUCUGAGAAAUGUCAUUAUGCAGAUCCAAAGGUGGAUCAAACGAGGCUGUUACGUGGGAGGUGACCACGUCUCACCUCGCCUUCACAUGCAUUUGUACAUGUGUGAUGUUUAGCUUUUGAGUUGUUUUGUUUGCGUCAUAUUGACCUUGACUCUAAAGGUUGUAGAUUGUAUGUAAAAUAUUUUCAGAGCAUUAAGUUUGACUGACUUUCUGUGAUCCCAAAAUGUAACAUCCCAACUUUUACAUUACUCUGAAACUGGGGGCAUUCUGUUACUACUAGACCAGUGAAAUCCUGAUAGAAAUCAGCUGGUAAGCAGGCAAUGCACUGUCAUUUAUUUCCACUCAUCCUGUUGUAGUUUCCCAUUUCCUGUGUGCUCGCCGCUUGAACCAGCCUCUUGACUAUUUUCCAUUCAGUAGUCGAGACAUUCCUGCAGAUAUUGAUGUAAUCCAGCGAGCAGCCAGAUUUAUUUAUUUUUAAUUAUGGAGGGUUUUUUUCACCCCCUUUGGUAAAGUUCAGUGAGUUCAUCAGAUUCCAGCGGUCUCACAAACCCUUUAGCAACAGAUUCAUUAUACUUGGAUGAUUUUUUAAUAUACCAAAGACAUGCAUUGUAUUCUAUGCAUCUUACAUUUAACCUGCAGUUAUGAUGCUAUUUGCCCGCCUGCUGUGACUUGUCAUGCCAUGUUUUUGCCCCAUAGUGGUGUUUAAUUGCCCCACUGCUUAAACUAUAUCUUCUCUAGAGGCUUAUUAUUUGUAUGUGUGUCAGAAAAGUAUUUUCUGCCUCCGCAUUUUCAUUUUACACUCCAAAAAGUUUCAUAGACUACUGAAGUACUUUAGAAAAUGCAGUGAAAAAUGAAAAUUGUAUGUUAAUAUAAUUGUUAUGAAAAGAUUUCAAUGUGUUUGGAAAAUUACAUGAUGAUCUGUUUUUUAUUGACUGAUCUGUGUUUAGACUAACUACUUGAAUUCAAUUGAAAAUAUGAGAAGGAUUUCACAUGAAUAUGAAAAAGUGUCUCAAUUAAGCAAUUCAUAAUGUUUCAUUCUAAUCUAAGUGUAAUUACACUUAGGUGAGUGUUGCCCACAUUAUGUAAUUUUUCUUUUUCAGUUGCAUCCACUGACAAAAAUCUACUUAUCAUAAACAAACAUAAAAUGAAGUCAGAUUAGUUUUUGAUUAAUUGCAUUGUACUUGCAUUCAGCACUGCUUGCCCUACAGCACCCCAUCAUUCCUUUGACAUGUCGAUUCAUAUCAGUGAAUCAUGUUUCCUAAACUGUCUCAGCACCUGUGUCUAAGUACUUCUAAUGUGUCAAUGUCGUGUUUCUAAUAGAUACGUACAUUUUAAAGGCGACAGCAAAGCUGAUAUAUUCCAUGUGGGGUUUUCUAUAAUGUAAAUAGUUUAAUGCUAAUUACGCACAAAUGAUUGAAAUGGGGAGUUGGGAUGAUAGAGUGCCAUCUCCAGAGCUGGAGUUCUUGGAAGUAUGACCAUGCAAAUAUGAAAUGAUUGUGAUGAUGCUGCUACAGUAUGUAACACUGGAGCUGAAAUAAACAUGCAAGUGAUGAGUGC